AUGCAAAUCAAAGUGAUCGCUUUUAUUUUUAUCUUAAGCCUCUUCAAUGCUUUAAUGGAACAAAUCUUGGCAACACCUGUUCCGACUGGUAGUCGCAAUAGUUCUCCUACACGUCGUCCUAGCACACCGAUCCAUCCAAGUGGUGUUUCAUCAACUGGUCAACAAGAUGCGCGACCUGUAAAGAAUGGACAAUAUCAUCAAUCGCGUGCACAAGUUGCAAAGAAUGAUGUUAAAGCUGCUGCAGGUUGGACAAAAGAAGCUGCAAGAAGUACAAGGGAAUCUAUUGCUCAAGGUAAACAUUCUGAUGCUGUAUCUUCAGCAUUCUGGACGUGCGUUGCAGGAGCAGCUUGUGGAGUUCGCAGUAUCGGAUAUGGUAUUCACAAAGCCAAAGCGAAGAGUACUCCCCAAUAG